AGUACACAAACACGUUUCUCCACGGACAUGAAAAGGGUGAAAUUCUGCGAUUAAGAGUCAGAAUUUUACAAAUUUUCUCAAAAUGUCAGGAGGAGGAAAAGAUAGGCUGAACAUUUUCCCCUCAAGAAUGGCCCUUACUUUGAUGAAGGCUCGACUGAAAGGAGCUCAGAAGGGACACAGUCUUCUGAAAAAGAAAUCCGACGCUUUGACGAUGCGUUUUAGGAAAAUUCUCAAAAUGAUCAUAGAGACCAAAACUAUGAUGGGUGAUGUAAUGCGAGAGGCUACUUUUUCCUUGGCCGAGGCAAAUUUUGCUGCUGGGGAUUUCAGUUAUGUUGUUUUGGAGAAUGUUGACAAGGCUCAAACCAAGAUUCGCCUCAGGAAAGACAAUGUGGCAGGGGUCCAGUUACCAAUCUUUGAAACCUAUGCAGAUGGAGCCAAUAGUUAUGAGUUGACAGGCUUAUCUCGUGGUGGUCAACAAGUUUCCAAAUGCCAGGAAGUCUAUGCAAAGGCUGUAAAACUGCUUGUUGAGCUGGCUUCUCUACAGACUGCCUUCAUUACUCUAGACGAAGCAAUCAAAGUCACAAAUAGAAGAGUGAAUGCCAUUGAAUAUGUUAUUAUUCCCAAAAUUGAAGCGACAAUAACCUACAUUGUUGGAGAAUUGGAUGAAAGAGAAAGAGAAGAAUUCUACAGGCUUAAGAAAAUUCAGGAAAAGAAGAAGAUCAAUAAACAAAAGGCAGAAGAACUAAAGAAAGCUAGAGGAAUAACUCAUGAUCAAACAUCAAAUCUACUCGACGAUGCAGAGGAUGAGGACCUUCUUUUUAAUUAGUGUCUAUGAAGUGAUUCACAAUGCCUAGGAACCUGAAUUUUAUUGCAGCUGUGAUGAAUUACAAUUUCAUUGUUGCAAGAUAAUUGUAAGUUGUACUUAAUUGUACAUUGGACAGCUGUGUGGAAGGGAAAUUAUCCUUCACUUUUAUGAUUGAUGAAUUUUCAAAGAAAUAACUGCAUGUAAUAUAAUUUUGACAAGCUUGUGUGGGUGUGAUGACAAAUUUAUAGCUUUGAGCAAAAAUUUAGGAAACUCUGUUAUGUGUACCUUUCCAUCAAUUUUACCUUUCCUUUCCAUUAAUUUCAACCUUUAAAAGUUAAUGAUGUGCAAGGAAGUGACAGUCUUGUUGAAAUUAACAGUCAAGUCAAAUGUAUAAAGAAUAACUGUACAGUAAUGUGCCCAUCAAUUUGAAGCUUCAACAUCUCCUUCCAAUACCAAUACCUGGGCCAUUGACCAUUGUCUGUGCCCAGGGAAUUUGAACCAGAAGUGUCAGGUUUUUUCAGCAGAAUACAUGAGUUCUCAAUAUCUUGAAAUAUGGAUGUGUUUAAGGUAAAUAGUUCACUUUGUACAGGCAAUCACAUGACUUUGAGUGCAAUUUGGAAUAAAUAAGCACAAGAAAAUUUUUUCAAAGACUAACAAAAUUGCAUGAGCCUGUAGGGC